GUAAGAUGGCGGCGGAGCGGGACACCUGCACGGCUGCGAUGUGUGUAGCGGAGUGUGUUUCCCGCUGAGUGAGCGCGGCGGAGUUCGGACAUCGACACACAUCGACAGACCGGCGGAGCUGCUCAUGUUGGUGGAGAGGAGGAGACGGUAGUGACGCCGGUGGACCAGAAGCAGCCAUGGCGGAGGCGGGCGCCCACCUCACCUCCACCGCUGCCCUGGAGCAGCCGUCCAUCUUCGAGGUCCUGGCUCAGGAGUCUCUGAUGGAGGCGGUCAAACCGGCGCUGAGGCACGCCGUCAAGGUUCUGGCGGAGUCCAACCCCUCGCGGUUCGGCUUCCUGUGGCGGAGCUUCGACGAGCUCUACCUGCUGCUGGACCUCCUCCUGCAGAACCACUUCCUGUCCCACUGCAGCGCCUCCUUCUCAGAGAACUUCUACAGUCUGAAGAGAGUCCCGUGUGGGCGGGGCCUCUCCGCCCGGCUGGGCCUGCCCGGCGCCGCCCGCUGGCGCUCCCUGCUGCUCCUCUGCCUGGUGCCGUACCUGCGGGCCAAGCUGGACGCCACGCUGGCCCGGCAGCGGGACGAGGACGACUUCUCCAUCCGGCUGAGCCAGAGCCGGACUCGGCGGCUGUACCGGGCCGCCGUGGCGGCGUACCCGUACGUCAGCUCAGCCUGGCAGGCCUGGAUCUUCUGCCAGCAGCUGCUCUUCGUCUUCGGGAAGGCCAACACCCACAGUCCUCUGCUGUGGCUGGCCAGAGUCCGGCUGCUCCGGCUCAACGCCAGAGACCUCCGAGACAUGCAGCAGGGCGGUGGCGACGCCGGCGGCGGUCCGGCCGAUGGAAGAGCCUGGUGGUUCCUUUCCCGGGUGGCGAGGGGCGUGGCCUUGUCCCUGUCCACCUCCCUCUCUCUGGGUGUCUUCUUCCUGCAGUUCCUGGACUGGUGGUACUCCUCAGACAACCAGAGCGCCGUGAAGAGCCUGACGUCGAUGCCCGCCCCCCCGCCGCCGCUCCACCUGCAGCAGUCCGCCGACCGCAGGAGCUGCCCGCUCUGUCUCCACCUCCGGUCCAACGCCACCGCGCUGUCCACCUCCGGCUUCGUCUUCUGCUACCGCUGCAUCUACAACUACGUCAAGGCCAACCGCCGCUGUCCGCUGACCGGGUUCCCCUCCGAACUGCAGCACCUGGUCAAGAUCUACUCCCCCGAGAGCUGAGCCCCUCUGGGGGCCGCCAGGGGACCACAGGGGCCUCCACUUGGACCAUAGCGGUCAUGAAGUGUCCCUCACCUGGAAGUCCUCUACAUGUUGCCAUAUGAGGAUUUCAAAUGGACAGUUUUGUAAUCUCUGCUCAAAGUUUCUAUAAUUGAUUUGUGACAUAAAGUUUUAAAUAAUAUCAAAGAUUUCACGUU